GCAACAUAUCCCCACUUACCGCUGUGAGAGUUUUCUGUUUGGUCGGGUUAACUUUAUGAAUGUUAUAACACGUGUAUAGGGCAGUAAAGAGGAGAAGACUGCGUCUGCACUCUUUCAUCGCGUCCUCAGAUUUCUUUCUUGUCUGCUGCCUCGAGCACAGACUCCUCAACGAUGGUGUUGUCCUCGCCACACUCCCCCAGACUCAAGUAUCUGUCUCUGGGGGUGCUGGUGUUGCAGACCACCUCGCUGGUGCUCACCAUGCGCUACUCCCGCACCCUGAAGGAAGACGGUCCCCGCUACCUGGCCUCCUCUGCCGUGGUGUCGGCCGAGGUGCUGAAGAUCCUCGCCUGCACCCUCCUCGUCUUCAUGGAGAACAACUUCAGUGUGCGCCUGCUGAAGGAGGAGAUUGUGAACAAGCCCCUGGAGACCAUGAAGUUGGCCAUUCCUGCAGGGAUCUACACACUGCAGAACAAUCUGCUCUAUGUUGCCUUAUCCAACCUGGACGCAGCCACCUAUCAGGUCACAUACCAGUUGAAGAUCCUCACCACAGCACUGUUUUCUGUCUCCAUGCUGGGGAAGAGGUUAGGCUUCUACCAGUGGCUUUCCCUGCUCGUCCUCAUGGCUGGAGUCACUCUAGUGCAGUGGCCCACAGAAUCUGAAGGUGACUCUGAGCAGAAGAUCCUGACUGCAGGCUCCCAGUUUGUGGGACUGAUGGCUGUGCUGAUGGCCUGUGUGUCUAGUGGCUUCGCUGGAGUUUACUUUGAGAAAAUCCUGAAGGAAACAAAGCAGAGUGUGUGGGUCCGUAACAUACAGCUGGGUUUGUUUGGCUUUGUGUUUGGCUUCAUAGGAAUGAUAGUUUAUGACGGCCAGAGUGUGAGCCAGUCAGGAAUGUUUGAGGGCUACAACACCAUCACCUGCACAGUUGUUGCCUUACAGGCUCUGGGCGGGUUGGUCAUAGCAGUGGUCAUUAAAUAUGCAGACAACAUCCUCAAAGGAUUCGCCACCUCUCUGUCCAUCAUCAUGUCCACACUCAUUUCUUAUUUCUUGAUGGAAGACUUUAGCCCUACAAGUUUAUUUUUCCUAGGGGCAAUGCUGGUUAUUGCUGCCACAUUUCUGUACAGCAACGAGCACAAACCCGCCAGUGGUGGCGCCAUCAAAGUUUGAAGUGCGCUACCUGAUAGAAGUGACAUCUGAAACCCAACAUAGACUGAGCAGGACUCUAUAAACUGUGACAUUGAUUUUGGCGUAUGGAAAUGAAUAAAGCGGGAAAAUAUGGAAGUGAUAAAGCAACUACAGCUGGAGGCUGUUGAGGCUGAAUGUUCCCCAUCUCUUCUCUAGGAAAAUGCUGCUUUGUACAAAAGAUAAUAUGAUAAUAAUAUGAAAUACAUUAGUUUUUUCUUAUAACAUACUAACAGGACUAGGCCUACAUUGUGGCAUUAAAACUCAUAUACUACAUGCAAUUAUGUAAUUUAAUUACGAAAUAAAUGUAAUUGUAAUCAAAAUAUGUAUUAAAUUACAGUGAUUUUUCAAAAUGUUGGUGAUUACAAAGGGGUUACAUCCUAAUAAUAUAUUAUUUUUGGUAAAAAGCUUAUAUGUAGAAUAUAACAUUCAUUCAGUUGCUCUGUACCAAUCUUAAUUUAAGUUAUAUUGAAGAACUUUACACUUUUUAAGUUAGAAAGUAAUCAGUGUUGUUCUGAGGUUUACACUGCCUGGUUUCUGUGGGUUUUUAGGACUUUUCAUCUUUAUUGCCCGGUUUAAAACAUUCUUUAGAAAAGUAAUCAAAUGUAAUAAAUGACCAAGUAAUUUAAAUAGUUAAAUUACUUAUUACAUCUUUAACAGGGUAACUAUAAAUAUGUAAUCUAAUACAUUCCAAAAGUCAUCUUCCCCACAGUGUGUAUGACAGAAUUAUCCCAUAGAAAUUUACUGUAAAUGCAAUUUACAGGGAUUACAGAGAUUAUGAUUAAACCAUGACUUUAUGGAAUGGUUGAUAUUUUUAACAGAUAAUUUAUAGUUGUAUUUACUGUAAAUGUAUUUAUAUGUUAUGUGGUAUGGGGAAUAGGGUGUAUUUACUAAACAAAAAGCGUAUUCAUGGUGCUGAGAGUGCCUGCCUCGACAGAGCUUCCAUCUAGUGGUGGAAUGAGGAGCAAACUUGCUGCAAAGAGGAGGGGUUAUCUUUGGUCAAAGAUGCUGAAUGUCCUUUUUUAUAUGAGAUGAGAUAGGGUAUGGCUAUGAUAUGGAUGCUUCGACCUUGCUGCUCAAAGUCUUAUUAUUUAUAUCGAAAGCACCCAUUCUACUGUUAAUUAAGUGCAAAAUAAGGGUCUUUAUGUAAGAACAAAUGAAUAAAUUAAGC